GUUCUGGCGAGUGCUUGCAUACCCUGGAGGGCCACGGCGGUGUCGUGGGGUCCGCAGCAUUCUCGCCGGACGGGCAGAAGGCACUGACUGCCUCCUACGAUCACUCGGCGAGGAUCUGGUGUGUGGUCUCCGGCGCAUGCCUGCGCACUCUGGAGGGCCACGGCAGCAACGUCUGGUGUGCCGCGUUCUCGCCCGACGCGUCGGAGGUGGUGACCGCUUCCCGGGACCGCACGGCGAGGAUCUGGUGCGCCGGGUCCGGGGAGUGCCUGCGCAGCCUGGAGGGCCACGGGCACGAGGUGUGGUCCGCCGCGUUCUCGCCGGGCGGGCGCGCCGUGCUGACCGCCUCCCCGGACCGCACGGCGCGGCUCUGGUGCGCAGGCUCCGGCGGGUGCCUGCGGACCCUGGCGGGCCACGGCGACGUCGUGGGCUCCGCCGUGUUCUCGCCGGACGGGCGCACCGUGCUGACCUCGGCCCAUCAUCCUUGGACCGCACGGCGAAGAUCUGGUGCGCGGGCUCCGGCGAGUGCUUGCGCACCCUGGAGGGCCACGGCGCCGUUGUGCAGUCUGCUGUUUUCUCGCCAGACGGGCAGGAGGUCCUGA